GAAGGCUAGCGUCCUCUCCUGUCGCUCGACCAUGUAGGUAGGCAAAGUUACUUCGUCCCUCGACCGUAUUGAGAGACCAGCCCGCCAGCAGCCCCCGCUGCAUCUGGCUGCAUCUGGGUGUUGGUACGCCUGAUCGGCAUCAGCUGGCCACGCACCGGCCCGAUUUCCCGUUUUUUUCAAAAAUCAUGUUUCAUAUCGGGACUACAUUAAGAGAAAAUUAUAAAUUUAGAGAUAAACAAAACAGAAAAGCUAGAUAUAGCCGUAAUUAAUGGAAGAAGACGAGGUGCAGUGCAUAAACUUUUAUUUCAGCAGUCAUACAUAUAAGAAAUUAUAAGGAAGUACUCUUUUAAAAAUAAUAGCAUUUAAGAUACAAAUUCAAAUUAAACAAUUAUGAAAAAAAGAAAAAUGAAAAAGAUAAUGCAGAGUGCCGAUAUGAAUGCAUAUUCCGCCAUCACAACAACGCGCGCGCACGGAAGCUGAUCGACAAUGGACCGCGCUGCACCACUUUCGUCAAGGCAGAGGAGAGUCCUGGUGCAGCUAGUGGAGGAAAGGCCUGUCCUUCAAGAUAGGUCAACCAGCACUGCGGUCCAGCACAAGAAGAACUUGGCGUGGGAUGAGAUCGCCAAAAACUUCAACGCCAUGCACCCUGAUCUGGAGCCGCGAUCAGUUCAACAAUUGAAAAGAAGUUUCAACCGCAUCAAAUUGAAUGUGAAAAAGGAAGAGAGAGCCUACAAGCUGAAGGUGAAGAGGACUGGUGGUGCCCCUCCUCCAUCACCUCCCAAGUUUACAGAAGAACAUGAGACUGUUGCCUCCAUGAUCUCUGGAGAACUCAACAUGGGCGAGGAUGUCUUUGACACUCUUGCCAUUCAAAAUGGGCAUCCAGUGGAUGAGGCAGGCACUCCCAUCAUGGAUGUUACUUUCACUGUGAGUGGAAAACUGCCACCGACAGAGGUCCCCUCUGCUACUUCUGCCGCUGAAUGUGCUGAAGCACCUGCACCUCCUAGUGCUUCUACAUCUUUCCAGCCAGAAGCUUCAUCCUCUGCAUCCACUGCACCAUCACUAACUACAUUUACAUGUAAUGUGGCCUCCUCUUCUGCUGCCCCACGGCAGAGGAGGAAAUUUGAUGCAGAGUACCAGGCCUGUCGGAAGCAGCAGGAUGAGUAUCACCAACUCCUUCUUCAACAGACCAGAGAGGAGCACGACCAACAGAUGAAACUGUACCAGUUUCACAGGGAGGUGUUGCAGCGGCAGCUAGAUGUCUUCACGGAGACUUGGCAUCAUAUCCGUGAGGCAGCAGACACCUGCAAAGCCAAAUUUUUGGACAGUUUGGGGAAUGCCGGAGAGUAACAUCCAUGAUGGGAUUGCCUGCCUCAUCAACUGCAUGCCCAUCUUGUAUUGUAAGAGUGUCAAGGACACACUCGCCCAUACUGAGUUCUCCAGAAAUCAUGGAGGCAACGGCCUCGUGUUCUUCGGAAAGCUUAGGAGGUGAUUGAGGAGGGCCACCACCAGUCUUCUUCACCGUUAGCAUGUAAGCUCCCCCCAACAUCACUACCUAUGAAUUUAUCUAAACAUUUUAUUAAUGUGUUCAUCUUAUUGACUCUCAUAACAUGAAGGCCAGGCCUGUUCCACUCAUUCUCUUGUUGGUAAAGUAUUUUUUGCCUAUGACCCUGUGGAAUCUGAAUUUAUCAAAUUUAAACCCAUUAUUACAUGUCCUACCCAGCUCUCUUACCAUCAGAACCUUAUAAAUAUCCCCCUUAUUAAAGCCCUUCAUCCAUUUAUAAACUUCGAUCAAGUCUCCUUGCACCCUUUGCCUCUCUAGAAAAUGCAAGUUUAAUUAACUGUUCGAGUCUCCUCAUAUGUCAAGUUUUUGAACCCGUAAAUCAUCUUUGUCAUC